AUGGUCGCCGCCGCCACCAAGCCUGAUGGCAGUAGCGGGCUCACUUUACCUUCCUUCUUUUACUUCAAUCUUCCAGUUCUGCUCCGUAUAGGUGAUAAUUCCCAAAGGAAACUAGAAUGUGUUGGUAGUAAGUGGCAUCUCCACGCUUUACUUCAUGAUGGCAGCACAUAUGGUUUAUCCGUGUUGAAGGAGAGGCUUAUACAUCCUCUCAGAUAUUUCGAAGAGUCCACUGAUUCAUGCCUCCUAGUUCAGGUUUGGGCACCUGUCAACAACAAAGGCCGCUCUGUGCUUACCACUUCAGGACAACCUUUCGUGCUUGACCAUCGGAAUACCAGGCUUCUUCAGAAGCGGCCCGUAUCCAUGAUGUAUACCUUCUCUACUGAAGGCAGUAAUGUAGGGGAAUUUGGGUUACCAGGUCCGGUAUUCAGGCUCAAAGUUCCAGAAUGGAGACCCAAUGUUCAGUACUACAGCAGCAAAGAGUAUCCACUGCUUAUCCAUGCAAUGAGUUACAAUGUUUGUGCUGCUAUUGCCUUGCCUGUGUUUGAUCCUCAUACAAAGUCAUGUGUUGCUGUUGUUGAACUUAUACUGAUAUCAAAGAAGGUGAAUUUUGAGUCUGAGGUUGAUUUGAUAUGCAAAGGACUUGAGGCAGUUAAUCUCACAAGUUCUUAUAUUUCAUUCCACCCAAGUGCCCAGGUGAGCAUUUCGAUCAAGAAAAUAGUCUAGGAAGUGUACUGGUGUUUCAAAGUUUUUCAGAAGGAAG